AUGAAAGCCAUGAACUCUUCAGAAUGCAGCCUGCUGAGAAUUGUGAACGCUACAAUAAUGUUACAAAGAGAAAGUCAAUCCAACCGCACUCUGUUUAUGGACAAAUCUGCUCAGUACAUGCUUAAGGAAUGGAUUAUCUACCCUUCGUACGUGGAAAUGAAAAUGUUUCUCAUACCUACACUUGUCUGUUUUGGCAUAGCAAUUUGUGCUACUCCUUUCAUAUUAUUCGCCAUCUUUUCCAAUGUUAGCAUACGACAAGAGACAAGGUUUCUGCUCUUGGGAAAUGCUCUGGUCUGUGACUUAAUAUACCUUAUAUUCUACACAAUUACGACCAUCUGUAAUGUGAUGAGCCUGAAGAUCCCUAAACACGUUUGCGUGCUCUGCCUUUUUUUGCUGGCUGUUACCUAUAGCGGGGGCGUCCUCACUGCGGCUGCCAUGGUGGCUGAUACAUACUUGGCCGUUUUGUGGCCUCUCCACUACGUGUCACUGCUGCCAGCCCAAAGAGCUAAGAAACUCUUAAUGCUACUGUGGUUGUCAUCGUUCUUCUUCCCUGCAAUAGUGUUUUUAUCACUGCAUUUUACCCAGUCUCCGGGCCCAUGUCCACUUGAGUUUUGCUCCCUUCCUUUAAUCCUUGUGAAGACUUUACACGGAGACGAUGCUCUCAAGCUGUGUUACAUCCUGUUUGUUACUAUCUUUCUGAUAUGUUUUACGCUGAUACUUUGUUGUUAUGUAGUUCUGUGUUACAAGACAAGAGAAACCGGCAUAUGGAAAGGUGUUUCUUCUAGAGCCUCUAUCACCUUUUUAAUGCAUCAUGUAAUAUUAUUCUUUUACUUUAGUCCAUUAUUGAUUCUUCUUGCAGAGUCUUUAUUGUAUAUGGGUCAUAAUAUAGGUCUAAGAACAGGAUUAUGGGUGACGAUGACGACCUGUAAUGUUUUAAUAGUUUUGCCGAAAGCUGCGUCUCCUUGUCUCUAUGGGCUCCGGUACAGAGAAAUAUAUAAGUCACUGAGGCUCUUUUUCAGACUUAAAAAACACAGACUAGUUGCGCCUGUUAUGUCAAGUUAA